GAGAGUCUGGGAGGGUGGUAUUUAGGGUAAGGUUUUCUGAGAUUUGCUGUAUGUCAGUGGAUUGCAUUGGGAGUUACUACGGCGGAUUCGGUGAGCUUGCUAAUCCUUUACAAUGGCCACAACUGCGGAAAAAACGACGUCUUGCUGCAUUAACACCAAGACUGCUCCCCUGCGACGAGAGGCAACUGCUGCUGUUGUUGCUGCAUCUGAUACGGAGGUUGUUCAGAAAAGAACUGCCAUGGCUUCCUUGAUUCACCCUGUUGAUCCUAUCGCUGAAUCUUCAGCAACAGCUUCCACCAAAGGAAUACAAAUCAUGACAAGGGCUCAAACCAGCCACCCAUUGGACCCUUUGUCUGCUGCUGAAAUUUCAGUGGCAGUUGCUACGGUCAGAGCUGCUGGAGCUACUCCGGAGCUUAGAGAUAGCAUGCGGUUUAUUGAAGUGGUUUUAUUGGAACCCGAAAAAAAUGUUGUUGCAUUAGCAGAUGCAUAUUUCUUCCCUCCUUUCCAGCCGUCAUUACUUCCAAAAACAAAGGGUGGAGCUGUAAUUCCCAGUAAACUUCCUCCAAGACGUGCAAGACUUGUUGUAUACAAUAAACGAUCGAACGAGACAAGUGUCUGGGUUGUUCAGCUGACAGAAGUACAUGCGGCAACUAGAGGUGGACAUCAUAGGGGAAAAGUUGUUUCAUCACAAGUUAUUCCAGAUGUGCAACCUCCCAUGGAUGCUGUGGAAUAUGCUGAAUGUGAAGCUGUUGUUAAAGACUAUCCUCCAUUUCGGGAGGCAAUGAAGAAGAGGGGUAUUGAGGAUAUGGAUCUUGUGAUGGUAGAUGCCUGGUGUGCUGGUUAUCAUAGUGAGGCUGAUGCUCCUAGCCGUAGGCUUGCUAAACCUCUUAUUUUCUGUAGAACUGAGAGUGAUUGUCCAAUGGAAAAUGGUUAUGCUCGUCCGGUUGAAGGCAUUAAAAUUCUUGUUGAUAUGCAAAAUAUGGUAGUUAUUGAGUUUGAAGACCGUAAACUUGUGCCUUUGCCUCCAGCUGACCCAUUAAGGAAUUAUACUGCUGGUGAGACACGAGGAGGUGUGGACCGUAGUGAUGUGAAACCUCUGCAAAUUGUUCAGGCCGAAGGUCCAAGCUUUCGUGUUAACGGUUACUUCGUAGAAUGGCAGAAAUGGAACUUUCGUAUUGGCUUCACUCCAAGGGAGGGUCUGGUUAUAUAUUCUGUUGCAUAUAUUGAUGGUAGUCGGGGCCGGAGGGCUGUAGCCCACAGGUUGAGUUUUGUUGAGAUGGUGGUGCCAUAUGGAGAUCCAAAUGAUCCCCAUUACAGGAAGAAUGCAUUUGAUGCAGGCGAAGAUGGCCUUGGCAAAAAUUCUCAUUCUCUUAAGAAGGGAUGUGAUUGUUUAGGCUAUAUCAAAUACUUUGACGCUCACUUCACAAACUUCACUGGUGGAGUUGAGACAAUUGAAAAUUGUGUUUGUUUACAUGAAGAGGACCAUGGUAUCCUAUGGAAGCAUCAAGAUUGGAGAACAGGGUUGGCUGAAGUUCGACGGUCUCGACGGUUAACUGUAUCUUUCAUAUGUACUGUUGCUAAUUAUGAGUAUGGAUUCUUCUGGCACUUCUAUCAGGAUGGAAAAAUAGAAGCUGAGGUCAAACUAACAGGUAUUCUUAGCUUGGGAGCCCUCCAACCUGGGGAAUCUAGAAAAUAUGGUACAACUAUUGCACCAGGACUAUAUGCACCAGUUCAUCAACACUUCUUUGUUGCUCGAAUGGACAUGGCUGUUGAUUGUAAGCCCUUUGAACCAUUCAAUCAGGUAGUUGAGGUGAAUGUUAAAGUUGAAGAACCAGGAAAGGAUAAUGUUCACAACAAUGCGUUCUAUGCUGAAGAGGAACUGCUCAGAUCUGAACUGCAAGCAAUGCGUGACUGUGAUCCUUUGUCAGCUCGCCAUUGGAUUGUUAGGAACACAAGAACUGUCAAUCGGACUGGCCAUUUAACAGGCUAUAAGUUAGUGCCUGGUUCAAAUUGUCUGCCAUUAGCGGGUUCUGAGGCAAAAUUUUUGAGAAGAGCUGCUUUUUUGAAGCAUAAUCUUUGGGUCACAUCAUAUGCACGCGAUGAGAAGUACCCAGGUGGAGAGUUUCCUAAUCAAAAUCCACGUGUUGGUGAGGGAUUGGCUACAUGGGUUAAGCAAAACCGGCCUCUUGAAGAAACAGAUAUAGUUUUGUGGUAUGUGUUUGGCAUUACACACAUACCUAGACUGGAAGACUGGCCGGUCAUGCCAGUGGAGCACAUUGGUUUUAUGCUGCAGCCACAUGGAUUCUUCAAUUGCUCUCCUGCAGUGGAUGUCCCACCGAAUGCAAACGACUUGGAUCUGAAGGACAGUGGGGUGGUGGCAAAACCUGUUCAGAAUGGGCUAUUAGCAAAGCUCUGAAAAUUGCUGCUAAAGUUGAUCUUUUAAAAUGUUUUGUUUUCUCUGAUUGUCUGCCUUGAUUGAACACACUAGAGCACUCUUAUAUAGUAGAAAGUGGUCAAGUGAAGCUGUUUGUUGGCAAUAAGUACUGGUUUAUUAGUUACUUGAAACU